AUGAUGCGACGGCCGCCUCCCGAUAUUCGCAACACGUACUCGCUUCUCGUCCUCAACAUCACGUUCCGAACAACGUCCCAGGACCUGAUGCCACUAUUCGAGCGCUACGGCACUGUUUCUGACAUUUUCAUUCCAAAGGACAAGCGCACGGGCACGUCGCGGGGGUUUGCGUUUGUGCGGUUCAAGCAUGAAGACGAGGCAGCCAAGGCCGUCGAACGCCUCGAUGGCACGACGGUGGAUGGGCGGGAGAUCAUGGUGAAAUUCGCCAAGUAUGGCCGCAACGAGGAGAUCAUGUGA